AUGGCUGAUACUGUACGUGGAAUCUGGCAAUCAAUUGUUCAAACCAAGAGAACUUACUUGAACCCACACGAACAAUUCGGAAGAGCCAAUAUUUGCCGUGCUGCUCUUGCCAGCUACGUUGGAAUCUAUUUCUUGUUUAAAUGGAACCAAAAUAGAAAGGUAAGACAUCCCUAUUCUUCAGUGAUUCACAAAUUUGUUUCUUUUCCAGGCCGAAAUCGCACGCGCUGAAAGAAAAGCUCUUAAAGGCGCUGCUCAUUAA